AUGAACCACUCAAGCUUACCAGACAUGAACCAGUCAGGCAUGUGCUUACUUGGUAUGAAUCAACCAAGCAGAAGCCCACCUGACACUAACCAACUGGGCCAACCAGGCAUGAGACAACCAGGCAUGAACCAGUCAGGCAUGCAGCAACCAGGUCCGAGCCAAAUAAGCAUAAGGCAACCUGGCACAGGGAAAGUAGACCUGAGCCAAUCAGGCAUGAGUCAGUCAGUCAUGAGUAAACUGCAACCAGGCUCAAGCCAAUCCACCAUGAAUGAACCAAGCAUGAGGCAACCAUGCCUGAACCAACAUAGCACGAAUCAACAAGGCAUGAGAGAACCAGGCCUGAGCCUAAUCCUGCAGGAGUCAACCAGGUCCAGCCAAUCAGGCACAAGUCAGCCAGCCCCAAGCCAAUCAGGCAUGAGCCAAGCAGGCAUGUGGCAACCAGGCUGGAACCAAUCAGGCACGAGUCAGCCAGGUACAAGCCAAUCAGGCACGAACCAAAAAGGCGUGAGUCAAACAAGUCUGAGACAACCAGGCAGGAGCCAACUAAGUAUAGGGCAGACAGGCUUGAGGCAACUAGGCAGGAGCCAAUCAAUCCUGAGGCAACCAAGUGUGAAUUGUUUUCUAAUAAGACCUGUGGAAGCUGGAGACUGCCCGGAAAUCCUGCGUCUAAUUAAAGAAUUGGCUGCCUGUGAAAACAUGCCAGAUGCAGUGAAGUUAACAGCAAAGGAUUUACUCAGGGAUGGCCUUGGGGAAAACCCCCUUUUCUACCUGAUUGCAGAAGUAUACAAUCAUCAAAAACUAUCAGGCAAAGUGACUGUUGGAUUUGCAAUGUACUACUUUACAUAUGACCCCUGGAUUGGCAAGUUACUUUACCUAGAGGACUUUUAUGUCAUACAAGUUUACCAAGGUCUAGGUAUUGGAGCUGAAAUGCUGAAGAGGCUAAGUCAGAUAGCCAUCAGAAGCCACUGUAACUGCAUGCACUUUCUUGUUGUCAUUUGGAACCAGGUUUCUAUUGACUGCUACACUCGUCGAGAGGCUUUAGACCUUUCCUCUGGAGGGUGGCAUCUGUUCAGGUUUAACAGAGAAGAACUCAUGGAUAAGGCAGGAGAAGACUUAAAGAUAACUCAUCACAAUUUGUCCCAACAUAGGUUCCAACAUUUGAAUGUCAAUAGCAGUUUGACUUUGAGUGUUGUACAAUACAGCAAGUGA